GGUGAUAAAGCGAAAGAUGGGGGUUUUCCCGGGUGGGUCAUUUAUUAGGUAGUGUAUCGCUUGACAUUUUUGCCGGCCGGAGUCCUUGCAGACUGCAGUCGGGUGCGUCCACCGUGCAGCGUCCCCAAUUAGGUACCUCAAGUAGAGAGCUUGAGAAGGGCUAUUAAUCAAGGUGAUCGACUCGGAAAGGAACUUUCCGCUCUUGCUUCGAGAAAACCGCUGCACCCCCAAGUAGCCGUUCGAUCUCGUGACGCUGCGAGAAACGGAGUCAGCACAGGCAUGUAUUUUCCGGUUGAAUGCGGCACGCUGGGGUUGAGGUGAACAAACCCGGCACCCCGGCCCUUGGCUUCUUAUCGGGUCACUCCGUUAUCUCCACGUGCGACUCCUAGGUAUCGGUACUCUCGUAGAUUGGCCAACCUAUUACUGGAGCGUGUGAGUGCACGGUAGACUCGACUGAAUGGGCAGCAAGCCCGUGUCGCCAUGUCAACUCAACAACCACCUGAUGAUGGCACAACAGACCCUCCAAGUCUGGAGGCCGUCACAGGGCAGGUGACAGCCAACACCAGAGUAUCGGUUCGAAAGCAACCCCCACCGGAGAAGCCGUCCGAUGUCCGGCGUCGCAGCUACAUCAUCCUCUCCUUCUGGCUGAUAGUGCUGUGUCUCGGCCUGCCAAUAUGGUGGAAGACGACCACGAUCUACCGGGCCGAUCUUCCUCUCCAGGAGAUGCUGGAGUGGGCCGACGGCAAGGCAUGCCGACCCGUGUUCCCCUUGCACAUCUCCAUCCAGGCCAAUGCGCUCCAGGAACAAGAGGCGCAGACCCUGCUACGGCUCACCCAGCAUGCCCUCGAUGACCUAAAUGACUUUUCCGGCCAUCAUUUGCGGCUUCAGCUAGCUCCACCAGCAGCGAACGAGAACCGCGACCGCGACACGGUGCUGACGAUCCGUCUGGUUCCCGGUGAGGCGACGACGGCGACUCUCGACCCGCACGAGCCGAUUCUCGACAUCACAUAUCCGCCCAAUUCCAUCCCCUCGCCCACGUCAUCCUCGUCGGCCCUUGCCACGUACGUCGCCAACCAGUUGCGCUCAACGUUCGCUGAGGAGCAAGCUACCAUUUCCUACCUGCUCUCUGCCAACUUGAUUUCCGCGGAACAUCGGCCGCAGGGUCUCUCGCCGGAAGCCGCUGAGACGCUUUCGAAGCGCACGACGAGAUCUCUGAAAUAUGCGCCGACUUACCACCUCACCUUCUCGCUGUUUACGAGCGGGCCGCUCCCGAGCAGCUGGGAUAUCGAAGGCGCCAUAGGCGAGUACAUGAAGCCAGUGCUCGACCUCCUGUCGCCGAUCCACAACUUCACCAUCGAUACCCAGGUCCAGCUGUAUGCCACGCCCGGGGUCCAGAACCAGGUCCUCAACAAGGAGGAUCUGUCUUCUUUCAUCAACGCCGCCGAGUGGCCGCUGUCACCCUCGAUCGGAGGAGCGCCCACGGUCAAUUUCAUUGUGUUCGUCGGAAACCAAACGAUCGCCACAUCCUCACAGAACUCCGCAGAGAGCCCUGACUCUGCAUCUCACUCAUGGCUGAUCCCACAGUGGGGCACCGUCUACUUGCUCUCGCUCCCGCCCGACACGCGGCACCUCUCCUCCGAGGCGCUGAAGCAGCCGCUCUUGACCUUCACAUCGCACCUCUUGUCCCUGACAGGUACCCCGCGGUCCGGGUCCCUACCGCUCCGUCUAUCAACGCUCGCCCGUAUCCGCUCAGCCGACCUUCUCCUGCGGGCCUCGUCAACGCUUGGCUCUCUCGCGCGCCUGGCGCUCGCGCUGCCGUCCAUCUCGAUCCCGAGCAACGUGGCCGACGGCGUGUCCAAGACAAUGCGGCACCUGCGCAUGGCCUGCAAGACGCUCGGCAGACCCGAGGGGCUGGCGCACGCCCGCAUCGCCGAAGCCGAGGCGGAGCGCGCCUUCUUCGAGAAGAGCAUGGUUGGCCAGUUGUAUUUCCCGGAUGAGCACAAGAUCGCCGUCUACCUGCCACUGCUAGGGCCGGUAGCGGUGCCGCUGAUCAUGGGGUUGAUCAAUGAGCUCAAGGCAUGGAGGAAGCGCAGGCUGGAGGCGGCCGCGGUGGGGCCAGAGAAGAAGAGGGAGUAGUAGGUAUCUAGUGAGGGGCUCAAUAGCAGGCGUUCGGGUGCAGAUAGCUCACGUUUUGGUUAUAGCGAAUUUAAAAGUAACAAAUUCA